GAAGGUCGAACGAAGAGUGGAGUGGGAAGACGGGGAACUCACGCGACCUUUUCUUGACUUCGGUGCGCGUCAAUGGGGUCAGCAGAGGGAACAGUCGUACGACACCCUCUCUCCACGGCGGCCUCCCAACGCACCCACGCGCGCGUCGCCCUCUCCCCCCGUCGCACACUCUUGCAGAGACCGGGCUUCGCGUGCGUGCGUGCGUCGCCACUCACCCGUGUCUCCUCCUCCGCCACCGCCUGCACGCGCCCCGCCCCUUUCGCCUUCUUCGUCGGGCCCGCGGAGAAGCACGGGCUUCGACCGUCGUUUGACGUACGUGCUCACCCACUCGAGUGCCCCGCCACCAGAACACAAAGCCUCGCCUUCUUCGCCCCCCUUCGUGGCUACUCCCCUUCACGUACACCCCGCAUUGGGAACAGCAACACAGAGGAAAUCCCCUCGAACGGGGAACAUGUUUCCCGGAAACGGUGGCUGGAUUUCCACAUGGAUGAAUCAACCUCCAUUACCGGACCUUAAUAUAUAUAGCUUCUCAGCAGCCGAUGUUGCGGUCCCAUUCCCUUUCUUCUUCCUCUCGCUCAGUACAGGGAGAGAUUAGCUGUCGUCCACCAUGUCUUCCUAAAAGCCCGCCUUGAAACGUAUCAUUAAUUACUUUCCUACUAGCUUUUACUCUCUAUCUCUAUUUCUCCUCUCUUCUGCUAGCACUCCUGUGACCAUGGAACCAUCGGCAACUACAUAUGCCUUCCUCGACCUCUCAGGCUGCGCCUUCACCUCCUUCCCACCGGAAACAGGGCACCACCUUCAGAAUCUCGACGGAGUCGAGCCACUCGCACAAGAAGGAUCACCUAAUCCACUAAAAGGCUCCACGAUCGGUGAUGACGACACCAUCGCCGAUCUCCUUAACGUGGAGGCCGUGAGGAAGAAGAUUGAGGUGUUGGCUGCGAUGGUGGGCAUGGGAGAGUCCGACGAGCCGGCGGCGGUGUUGGGUGAGGUCGUGAAGGUUCUCAGGGAGCUGCAGAGGGAAGCAGAGCUUGUUGCGAAUCUAGCGCUGUAAAGGACAUGAAAUGGAGAUGCAAAUUGCGAUCAAAAACUUCUCGCUAUGGUUUCUCGAUCUGUGUCAGAAUAUAUUAUGAAUUGCACUGAAAUCGUACGAAUGUUUUAUAUGUGAUUUAUAGAGGCAUUAAUGACCCUCAAUUGUCGUGCUUAUCAUAUUUAUGUCGAUAGUUAUUGGGCUAAUAGGCCUUACAUAGGAAUGACAAUUAAUUGGGCCAUGAUAGGCCGUCAUAGUGAUAUAGCUUUGCGUGGGGCGACGGUUCGCAAGUAGCCUUCCACCCAAAAGGAUGAACAAAGCCGCGGGAGGAGGCGGCGGAGGAGGCGGCCCGACGGCGGCGGCAGCGGCCGCGGCGGCGCAGAAGCAGAAGACCCUGCUGCAGAGGGCCGACACCGACGUGACCAAUAUCGUCGACAACUUUAAUCAGCUCGUCAACCUCGCUAGGGUCAACGACCCGCCGGUUCGCAACUCGCAGGAAGCGUUCCAGAUGGAGAUCCGGGCCGCAAGGAUGGUUCAAGCGGCUGAGUCGUUGAGGAAUCUGGUGUCGGAGCUGAAGCAGACGGCGAUCUUUUCGGGGUUCGGCUCGCUGAACGAGAACGUGGACCGGCGGAUCGCCGAAUUCAACCGGCUGGAGGAGGGUUCGGAGCGGCUUCUUGAGAGGGUCGGGGAGCAGGCCGCGGCCAGCCUCAAGGAGCUGGAGGCGCACUACUACUCGUCGGUCCUGAGGACGAGCCCAAGCGAUGGCCCAUGAGAGUGAAAACUGCACAAGACGUUUGUAGUGAAUUGUAAGUUGGGAUCAGAGCCUAAAGCGAUAAUAUGUUUCAUGCAAGACAACAAUUUGGUGGAAGGUCGAAUUCGUUGCAUGCUUGCCAUAUCCAUUGGAUGACCAACUUCAACAAAUCAUUAUGCUGUCCUUUAUAUUCUGAUCGAUGUUUGCUUUCUCUCAUGAUCCGAUAUAAUAGUUUGGUCGGAUAAUCCGAGUCUCCUGUUCAGAAUGUUCAGAGACUAAGUCAUGGAAAGGCCUGAUAGUUUCUCAUUGUUCUUAGAUCAUCACAGCGAUUCGGAGGACUGCCUCCAUAUAGAUAGGCGAGCUUAUCGGAUGUUCUCAGAUGGUUGGUUCAGUAAAAUCACUGAGAUGAUGUGAAUUGGGAUAUGCAAAACAGCACUAGUCAGUAGGUACAGACAUUUAAUUAUAUGGCUAAAAGAUGAUGGAAAAUAUGUAAGUUGAGGUAGGUUGUUUGUUCUUUAAAUCACAGAAACGACGUGAAUUGCUGUCAA